AUGUCGCGCGCAAAUGAUAUCAAUGGGGAGGAGAAGCAGGUGUACGAUUCUAAGGUCAACGACAUACCCAGCGAUGGAGAGUCCUCUAUCGAUACCAUCACGGCGCUUGUCAACGAAGAUCACGCCCAUGAGAUCUCCCUCCGUACUAUGUCAUGGCAGAAGUGCGCAUGGCUUCUUUGUGGAGAUCAAGUAUGCCUUGCAAUAAUGGCACAAUCUUGGUCCCUCUCCGUCCUCGGCUGGGUGCCAGGCAUAAUCACCAUGAUCGUCUCCGGAAUUCUCUUCUACAUCACCUCUCUCACCAUGCACAAGUUCAUCAUGAAGAAUCCUUCCAUCAGGGACAUCUGCGACUUCGGAUACUACGCCUUUGGCAAGAGCAGGGUCGCCUAUCAUGCAACAUCGGUACUACUUUUACUGAACAACGUAAUGCUAAUUGGUUUUCACGUCUUGACUGGAGCCAAGGUCCUCAACACUCUUUCGGACCACAGUCUUUGUACCGUAAUCUUCUCGGUCAUUGUAACUAUUAUGGGCGUGGUCAUGAGCAUACCGAGAACGCUGAAGCAUGUCUCAUUCAUGAGCAUGUUUAGUGCUGCUUGCAUGGGCAUUGCCAUCUUGCUCUUCCUGGUGUUCGCAGGAAUUGAGGAUGCUCCUGGAUAUGGUUACAAUGGUACCUACCCCAAGGCUGGUCCCGUCAAGACAUACGCGUUUCCCCCGGCUGGAACUACCUGGGUCGCCUGCAUGAACGCUGUUUUGAACAUUACGUUCCUCUGGGUUCCUCAAAUUCUUUUUCCCACAUUUAUCUCUGAAAUGGAGAGACCACAGGACUUCCCCAAGUCCCUGGCAGUGCUGGCAGGCAUUUCCACAUUCCUCUUUAUCGUUCCCCCAGCUAUUGGUUUCAGAUACCUUGGACAAUACGCCACUGCUCCUGCAUUCGGAUCCCUCGGCGUUGUGGCAUACAAGAAGGCUUCAUUCUCGUUCGUCAUUGUGCCUACCCUGGUCAUUGGUGUCAUUUACGCAAAUGUGUCGGCCAAGUUUGUCUUCAACCGCAUCAUGGGCAAGUCUCGCCACGCCCACUCUAACACAGUCAUUGGAUGGGGAGUCUGGGUAGCCGUCAUGGCAGUCAUCUGGUUCAUCGCCUUCAUCUUUGCCGAGGUUAUCCCCAGCAUGGGCGAUUUCCUAUCUCUGUUGGGCGCGGCAUUCGAUUCCUUCUUCGGGUUCAUCUUCUUUGCCGUGGCAUAUUGGCAGAUGAACAGUGGAAGACUGUUCGAUGGCGCCAAGAGAAGUGUCAUGACUGUCAUUCAUAUAUUUGUUAUGGUUUGUGGACUUUUCUUGCUGGGACCUGGGUUGUAUGCUGCUGUGGAGGCUAUCAUGGAUGACUAUGCGGGUAGCACUCGUCCCGCGUUUGCUUGUGCGAAUCUGUCGAUUUAG